CAAUUUUGGAUUUCGUAUCAUCCGCCUACCGGGGCGAAGCAUACAUCUAGCGGUGAUGAGACUCCGCCAAUACCAGAAGAGGAAUUGGAGCAGCAGAAGAUUGAACACGAACGUCAAAUGCAGAAGGAAAAGGAAUGCCAAGCACGGGAGGCUGAGGAGGACCGGAAGCUGGACAUAGAAUUACUGCACCAGCGGGCCAUUGAAGCGGAGGCCGAACAAAAGAGGGAGAUCGCCGAUGCGGCAGGAGCGGUGCGUGGCAUGAACACAUCGUGGUCGCACCACGGCCUGUGUGAGCUUCCGCGCAUGGCGACCAGGUGGCGUCAUAGUAGACCGUCCAUACCGGACACUCAUUACAGAAAUAUUAUUGCGCAGAAUAUGCUGAAAAAGGCGUGCAGUGCACAGUUGGCCACGCCUCACUCUAUACAAAGCAUCACGGAAUGUGACAACUGGAUCAACCUAUCCCGCCUAGGAACUAGAGAUGACUCUAUAGAUAGUGACGUGUGCUGCGAAGCGUCAGUGUGCGAGGCAAGCGCGGACGCUCGCGCCUGGCGGUCCUCGGCAAGCGACGUCUGCCCUCAAAUGAGAAUCGACAGGGAUCGAGCACCGUCCUGUCCAGGAUGUCGUGCUCCGAUUGCAUCCCUGGAUUGCAUGGAUGAUUUCAGCGCAAAUUCUCAGCAGAUGCUAGAUCAAGCUGGAGAAAUCAGUGUGUCUCGGCAUAUGUCAACGUAUAUGGGAAAUCACGCCAACAUGCCGUCGGUGGUAACUCCUGGAUUACGGUACAAAAACCUAGGCAAAUCCGGUCUGCGCGUGCCCAACAUUGGAGUAGGCAUCUGGACUAUGCUUAAUGAAGAUUACGCGGAGGACAUUAUAUUGACAGCUCUGGAGAACGGGAUAAAUCUGUUCGAUUUGUCGGAGGCUCAUUGUGCAAAAGGCGAAGCUGAACUGGGGAGGAUUUUAAAGAAAAUAAACGUUAGACGAACGAGUAUUAUUAUUACGACAAAGAUUUACUGGAGUACCAAGUUUGGUAAUGACAGGUCGGAUGAGAGAGGUCUAUCUCGUAAGCAUAUAAUCGAAAGCAUCAAAGCGUCGCUGGCUAGACUACAGGUGGAAUAUAUCGACGUGGUACUCUUGCAUAAGGUCGACCCUGUUUGCCCGAUGGAAGAAUUGGUACGUGCUAUGAAUUUUGUUAUAAACCAAGGAUGGGUCAUGUAUUGGGGGACGGCUCGCUGGUCACCGGCUGAGAUAAUGGACGCCUACACAAAUUGCAGACAGUUUAACUGUAUCACUCCGAUAGUAGAACAGACAGAAUAUCACAUGUUCUGCAGGGAGAAACCAGAGUUGUACAUGCCUGAGUUAUACCAUAAAAUAGGAGUAGGAAUGAUGGCGUGGUCGGCCAUAACGACUGGCAAAGGCCUGGGCCGCGAGGAGAUCACGGGGCUCUUCGCCAAGUCGCGGUUCAACAGGAAAUACAGCACGUUCAGUUGGUGCGAGGAGGACCUGGCUGUACCAGACAUGAGAAGCUCCGGUAGUAAGGAGCAGGUGACAGGUGAAGAACCUCGGACAUAUGGAGACAAGUUACGUGACCUAUCGAAUCUCGCUAAUUCACUAAAUUGCUCGAUGAGUCAACUGGCUGUGGCGUGGUGCUUGAAAAAUGAAUCAGUCAAUUGCCUGCUUUUAGGCGCCACCAGCGUUGAACAAUUUAAAGAAAACAUUCACGCGUUACAGAUUGUCCCGCAAUUAACGCCCUUAGUAAUGGCUGAAAUCGAAAGGUUGUUAGCGAACAAGCCACAACGGCCACCCAUGGUGUCUACGCUGGCCAUGCGGAACCAACAGAACAAUAACACUGUGCGAGUAGAUAUGACCGGCGCAACGUCUGGUACGGGCUCGCCUAAGGCCGAGGGCGAGGCCAUCGAGGGCGAAGCCUCCACCCCCGGGAAGGAGCCCGGGAGGGGCUUUUGUGAGAUUCAGUGACCGUGGUGGCGCGGAAGCACUGACUCUGCUUCCAAAUCUAGUAAAUCAAAGGAAUCGCUUAAGGAAUCGAAGCCAAAGUUCUUUUUGAAUAAUGCGGGCGAAGUCAUCAAGCGAACAGAACAAGACGGUGUAUCAACUGACGUGGUUGUGUCGGUGUCAUCGCUGAAAGGCAAGCAACCAGCGAGCGGCGGCAGCAAGGUGAAGAAGUCAAAGUCGGAGCCGGCGCGUGCUCGAUCCUCUUCUCUGCAGCGAUCCUCCUCGGGUCAGCUGGCGGGCACACGCGACCGUCGCCGCUCUCGUCUAGACCUAUCCUCCCCGGCCGACAUAUAACACGAGAUGAACAUGGCCUGCAUCACCUCUGACAUGCCUGGCUUAUUCUAUGAAAAUGAAAGAGAAACUGUUGCGAAACCACCCCGCCGGCAUCGCUUGUUCGACACACAGGCCCCGGCGACCUCCCAACAGAUGGGUUGUGCGUGCGGCCAGUGCGAAUCGACCUCAGAAACAUAUACGAAAAUAUAAACUGGAAGUGAUUUACAGAUCUGUGAUGAAGUUAUUAAGCAAUGCAAUUCUUGUACGGGAUAUAAACAAUCGGAUAUAUUAUCUAGUAAAGUGAGUGUUACAAAAAUCUUUAUUGUAGAACCUACCUUGUUUCGAAUCGACAGAUUCGAAACGAAUCUACUUGAUAAUUAGAUAGUAUAGG